GGUUGAAGGUCGUGUCCGUGUCGCAACACAUACCAAAAAAAUCUCAAAUCGCCCAACUACGAACCAGAUCCAUCUCUUCGAUUUCGGACAACGGCUAAUAACGUGGACCAGCUAGGGGAAUUGAUUCGCAAGGAAGGGGACAAGUACUCGGAUCUUAUCAUAAUAUUCAAAGGAGUAGCAUUUCAUGUGCACAGAAACGUCAUUUGCGUACAAUCCAAGUUCUUCACUGCUAUGGUGGAUCGCGACUAGAAAGAUGGUACUGCUUGUAAGAUACUGCUCGAAUUCCAUGAGGCUGAUCUCGACGUCUUUCAAAGAAUGGUCCGAUUUUUCUAUCACCGCUCUCUUGAUGAUGAACAUGACCUCGUCACUCUCACCAAACUUUACAUUGUGGGGGGAAAAUGGAGCAUUCCUUUCCUGAAGGAGAACACUGCCUCCAAAGUUGAAGUCCUUCUAGACACAUGUUCACGGCGCGGUCAUUCUCCUACUGAUGCAGUCUUCGAAAUGCUGAAGCUCGCUUAUGCAUGUCUUCCACAGUUGAAUACUGAUCUCAAAUAUGUCAUCUUGCAUCACGUUCUGAAGCACGAAAGUUUGAAGCCCUCGAUGAAGGAUCGUGACUUCGGAGCUUUUGUUGCACAGAAUGGAAGCAUAGCAAUGGACAUCUUACAAGCCCAAUUGAAUGCUCGCAAAACGGCUCUAAAAAUUGAAAAAAGGUAUAAAGAUCAAUAA